AUGUCGCUGUUUUUGAAACCUGAAUCCUCAAGCUGCUGCUGCCCGCCGAUGCCAGGCCCAGCCGAUCCCUGUCCUCCGACAACGAAACCAGAAACCAAGUACGUCCACGAGGUGGGUGCCGAAAUGAUCGACAACCAGCUGAUCAUUCGUAUGGAAAAGGACAAGUCUCGGAAGAAAAAAACGAAAAGGGCCAACUGGGAGCCACCUUGCGAUUGCGACGUCAUAGAGAUUAAACGACCGACGAGCAAGCGCGAGAAACCCGAAAUCGUUAAUGGUGGCGAUAACAAUCAGAUCCUCUUUAGGAUACACUCGAAGGGACAUCUUCAUAAGAAGGAAGACCCAAACUACAAACCCCAGGCUAUUGCAUACAAGAUCAACAGAUCGGGCCCGGAAACAGAUCGCUCCCGAAAGAUAACGAUAUAUCCACAGCUGGGUGGUCCCAUAAGCCAGGACGUUUACACGGAUCACAUAACCGAGGAAGACGACGACGUUUACCUGUUGCGAGUGAAAAAGAAGAACGACGCCGGUGGGAAGAAACGCAACGUGGAGGUCGAGCUGAGAACCCCGAAACCCCCAGCAAAGCCCAAAACAAGGGAACCCGAGAUCGAAGCCAAUGAGGCGACGGAUGUGAAGCCGGAGGUGAAGAAAAAUGAGGAAAAUGAAAAGAAAACGAAGAAUACAGCGAAAUGA